AUGGACGAGCUCGACAACAACAUGACUUCGCAAUCUUCGAAUGCGGCGCUGAUCAUGAAUCGUAAGUACCCGCAAGCUGAUGAAAGUCUUCGUAAUCGGUUGUCCGAAUUAAUUUUCGAAGGUGGAACCGAAUCGCUAGCCUUGGAAAGAACAAUGAGACGUCAUCGGCUUCCAGUCUCACAUGUCAACAAGCGCCUGGCUUUGGACCGCGAAGACCGAAAAUUUCUACAUGGGAAAGCUGAGGCCGUACUAUACCCAAAGCAUCAACAAAUUACCCCCAAAUCGAGAGAUCCCACACACUUGCACCGAAUUUCUGCUUCAGAGAUUGUGCCUGAGCCACUACGUCCCCAAGAAUCACCUUUCCCUUCUCAGGUCUUUACAAGUACUUCAGAUUCCUCGCCUCAGAUUGCAGGAUUCGACUUUCUCCCAGUACCCAAGGUGGAUAGCAACGGCAUGUUUGAAUGUCCCUAUUGCUACAUACUGUGUCCAGUUAAAAAGUCGAUUGGGAAACACUGGAGGUGA